AUGUUCUUUUUUUUGAUACUUCUUUUUCAUUUUGUCUUUUUCUUUCUUUCUUUCUUUCUUUCUUUCUUUCUUUCUUUCUUUCUUUCUUUGACUUUAGUGUAUAAUGUUCUUUUUUUGUUUGAUACUUCUUUUUCAUUUUUCUUUUCUUUCUUUCUUUCUUUCUUUCUUUCUUUUCUUUCUUUCUUUGACAUUUGUACUAGAGUGUAUAAUGUUCUUUUUUGUUUGAUACUUCUUUUUCAUUUGUCUUUUCUUUCUUUCUUUCUUUUCUUUCUUUCUUUCUUUCUUUCUUUCUUUCUUUUCUUUGACAUUUGUACUAGAGUAGUGUAUAAUGUUCUUUUUUGUUUGAUACUUCUUUUUCAUUUGUCUUUUUCUUUCUUUCUUUCUUUCUUUCUUUCUUUCUUUCUUUCUUUGACAUUUGUACUAGAGUGUAUAAUAGUGUAUAAUGUUCUUUUUUGUUUGAUACUUCUUUUUCAUUUGUCUUUUUCUUUCUUUCUUUCUUUCUUUCUUUCUUUCUUUCUUUCUUUCUUUCUUUCUUUCUUUGACAUUUGUACUAGAGUGUAUAAUGUUCUUUUUUGUUUGAUACUUCUUUUUCAUUUGUCUUUUUCUUUCUUUCUUUCUUUCUUUCUUUCUUUCUUUCUUUCUUUCUUUCUUUGA